AUGUCUCUGCUUCCAAUGUUAUUCUCCAACUGGUGGGAGGAUCUGGAGAAACCUCAUCGUCUCUUCGAUCAGCAUUUUGGAUUACCAUUGAGUGCUGAAAAUUUACCAUCUGCUUUGGCUCCUCUGGAUUCCGAAAUUUUUGUGGUUAGACCUCGUCGUCGUCGUCUUCAGAGAUAUCAACCUUAUGAAAGAUCUGUAAAUCCUGAAUCCAGUGGUACAUCUACAGUACAAGCCGAUAAAAAGAAAUUCCAAGUAACUUUGGAUGUUCAACAAUUUGAUCCAGAAGAAGUUACUGUGAAAGUUGUUGGAAAUAAUGUGAUGGUUGAAGGCAAACAUGAAGAAAGACAAGAUGAGCAUGGAUGGAUCUCAAGACAAUUUGCACGAAAAUAUCUUGUGCCAGAGCAAUGUGACAUUGAGCAGUUAAAAUCAGAUUUGUCAUCUGAUGGAGUUUUGACCAUCACUGCACCAAGAAAGGAAUCUGACUCACAACAACAGAACGAAAGAAUCAUCAAGAUCCAAAUGACUGGACUGCCUGCUAUAAGGGAUGAUUCAAAGUCAGAUGAGAAACAGCAGGAAGGUUCAUCACAAAAGAGCCCUGUACAACAGAGAGCACAAGAACAGAAAGUUAAAGCUGCUUAA